AUGGUGGCGAUGUUCGCCGUGGAAGUCGUGCUGGUGCAGUUCGUUACAGUAGUGGUCGGCAUUGACUGGCACAAGUACGUAUCCUCGCUAUUAGUGCUCCGCGCACCUCUCUUUCCUCCCCUCUCCCCCCUUGCCUUUCCUUGGCACCCCCCCUCUCCCCGACACAGGCCAGUGGCUGCUCCUCGCCCUCAACAGCCACCUCCCCGCACCCCUCCCCGCGCCCCUCACCACCUAUUCCUUCCCCCGUCCCCCUCAUCUCCCUCACCCCCCCACCCUUCCCCCAGUGGCACCCCUCCUCUCCCCGACACCGGCCAGUGGCUCCUUCUCGCCCUCAACAACCACCUCCCUGCGCCCCUCGCCCCUCCCUUCCCCCCUUCCCCAUUCAUCCCUCCCUCCCCAUACAGUGGCACCCCUCCUCUACCCGACACGGGCCAUGGCACCCCUCCUCUCCCCGACACAGGCCAGUGGCUCCUGCUCGCUCUCAACGACCACCUCCCCGCGCCCCUCACCGCGCUCCUCCGCGCGCGCCUCGUCGAGUUGCACGAUUUCCUCAUGCUCUUCAUGCUGCUCGCCUUCUCCGUGCUCUUCAACUGCAUCCCCCCUUCGGGAAUCGGCCUCGGCGCGCGCUACUGCUUCACCAUCGGGCUCAGCCGCUUGCUCCGGAAUCACGAUCUGCUUCACCAGGUUAUCUCCACUCCACUGACGUGGCCUUUGGUGCACUACCCACCAGAAUAUCAACCUGACUGGGGCGCUUUCCAAUUCCUGGUGGACUUCCUGCGCCCAAUGAACGCCCGCGCUCACCACGGCGCCGCCGCCUCCUCUGGCGCCUUCAGCAGCUUCGUCAUCCGCCCCUACGGCGGCUGCAACGACCUUGCCUUCAGCGGCCACAUUAUCGUUGCAGCGCUCACUGCCUGCGCAUGGCAGGAGGCUUUCCCCGGCUGGGCUUCUGCCAUGGUAUGGGGCCUUGUGUUUCACUCCGCGCAGAGGGAGGUUCGGGAGCGGCAGCAUUAUUCGGUAGAUGUGGUGAUCGCUCUUUAUCUCGCGCCGCUGCUGUGGCGCACCACCAGGUUUCUCUGGUCGCACCCGCCGGCGCCGCCUACGAGGAGGGAGGCUUUUGGGGCAGCGCUUAGUGAGCGGGAAGCGGCGCUUAUGAAAGCGCUGAAGGAUGGGGAUUUGGGUGCGGUGAGGGAGGCGAUUGGGGAUGCGGUGGAGGAAGCGGAAGGAGUUGUUUCGGGCGGUGUCAAGGGGAAGACAGCUGGUGAUAAAGCUGGGAAGGAUGCGCAGACUAACAGAUUGCUGUUGCCGUUUGGUAUCGGUAUGAUUUUGUUGCUGUUUGUGGUGGUUUUGACGGCCUUCAACAUGGCAGACGAAGGCGGAGGCUUCUUUAAGCUCCCCGCUUCCGCCUAUACCACGAUGACCGCUUCUUCCGCUUCCCAAGGCUUUCCGCUGCUGCGCGUCGCGCGGAAGGUCCUAAACCUAGGAACCAUCGGUCUAGCCUACGUUCUGAUAGAGUUCGUCUGCACGCGCACGGACUGGCUUCCCCCGCAUGUCGCGGCGAAAUUCCCGCUGGCUCUAUGGGCCUUCCUCGGGAUUCUCGGCGUCGUGCAGAGCCAGCGGUACCGCCAUUUUGCGGACGAGUUUCGGAACGUGCCCAAGUUUCUGGCGUGCGUUGGGUUCAUGCUGCUUGCUUUCGUCGUGGAGGUUAUUGCCGUGCAGUUUGUCACCGUCGUUCUCGGCCUCGACUGGCACAAAACCGUCACGCCUCUCCCUGACACGGGCCAGUGGAUUCUCCUCGGUCUGAACGACCGCCUCCCCGCGCCCCUCACGGCGCUUCUCCGCGCGCCCAUCGUGGAAAUGCACGAUUUCAUUAUGCUCUUUAUGCUCCUCGCCUUCUCCGUUCUCGUCGGCGCGAUUCCCGGCCCGGGCAUGGCGCUCGGCUCACGCUACGUCUUCAGCAUUGGGCUGAGCCGAAUCCUGCGGGUUGCCACGUUUUCGUCCACGAUUCUGCCCGCGCCGCGGCCGUGGUGUGCGGAGUCGCGGUUUGGUGACACGUGCCCCCGGCACCCGCAUCCCUGGGCGGCCAAGUACCUGACGCCGUAUAGCGACAAUCCCGACCUGUUGCAUCAGCUGAUUUCCACGGAUACUGCGUUUGCCCCUCAGAUGAGCUAUCCGCCCGAGUUCCGCCCUGACUGGGGCUCGCUGCAAUUUCUGGUGGACUUCUUGCGUCCCAUGGACGCCCGCGUUCAUGACGGCGCUGCUGCCUCCUCUGGAGCUUUCAGCAGCUUCGUCGUCCGCCCCUACGGUGGCUGCAACGACCUUGCCUUCAGUGGUCAUAUCGUUGUUGCAGCGCUCACGGCUUGCGCCUGGCAGGAGGCUCACCCAGGGUGGGGGUCUGCCAUGGUGUGGGUGCUGGUGAUGCACGCCGCUCAAAGGGACAUCCGAGAGAGAUCGCACUACUCGGUUGAUGUCAUUAUCGCUCUCUACCUCGCUCCACUCCUCUGGCAAAUCACCCGGUUCCUUUGGUCCCGGCCCGCUCCCCCUCCGUCCCGAAAAAAGCUUAUGGGAUUGGCUCUUGCUGAUAGAGAGGCUGAGCUGGUUAAGGCUGUUAAGGAGGGGGAUCUUGAUAGGGUGAAAUGGACGGUUGAGAUGGCUCGGCGUGAGGCGGAUGCGAAGGAAAAGGGGGGAGAGGUGGAGGGAGGUGUGGAAGCGGGGAACGCGGAGAGGCGUACCGUUACGCAGCGGUAUUUGGCUCACCUCGGAACUGUGCUGAUUUUGACCAUGUUGGGGGUGGUUCUGGUGGCGAUUCUGGUGUCGGAUGAAGGGCAUAAGGCUGUUCUUGAAAAGAAGUAG